AUGCCAAAUACCUUAGAUCAAUCUUAUGUUAAGAGAAGUGUCUGGAAAUCAGAUAUCUACGCCGGAAAAGUUGUCUUCAUCACUGGUGGUGCGGGUUCAAUUUGUCGUGUUCAAGCAGAAGCAAUGGUUUUAUUAGGUGCUAAUGCUGCUAUUAUUGGUAGAAAUGUUGAAAAGACAGAGUCAGCUGCUGAAGAAAUUGCAUCCUUAAGACCAGGUGCCAAAGUUAUAGGUAUCGGUGGUGUUGAUGUUCGUAAAAUUCAAACAAUUAAAGAAGCUGUUGACAGAACAGUUGCCGAAUUAGGUAGAAUUGAUUAUGUUGUUGCUGGUGCUGCUGGUAAUUUCUUGUGUGAUUUCAAUCAUUUGUCUUCAAAUGCUUUCAAAUCCGUCAUUGAUAUUGAUUUGUUGGGUUCUUUCAAUACCGUUAAAGUUACAUUUGAUGAAUUGAGAAAAAACAAGGGAUCUGUUAUCUUUGUUAGUGCUACUUUGCACUACACUGGUGUUCCAAUGCAAGCACAUGUUGGUGCUGCUAAAGCUGGUGUUGAUGCUUUGAGUAAUGCUCUUGCUGUUGAAUUAGGUCCAUUGGGUAUUAGAUUCAACUGUAUUGCUCCAGGUGCUAUUUCUGGUACUGAAGGUAUGCUGAGAUUGGCCCCACCUUCAGAUACACCAUUGGAGAAGAAGAUUCCUUUGCAAAGACAAGGUACUACAGAAGAUAUUGCUGACGCCACCGUGUUUUUGUUUAGUCCUGCUGCCUCUUAUGUCACUGGUGAUGUUUUGGUAGUUGAUGGGGCCAUGUGGCAAACUGGUGGUGGUAUUAUCAAUGAUUUCUACCCAGAUAUUAUAGUCCACCAAAACAGUGAUCCAGAUGGUAAAUUAUAA